AUGCAACAGACUAAACAACUUAGAGAUAUAGUAGUACAGGUGAAACAUGUCUCAAAGCAUUAUAAUAUACAUGGUAGAGAAGAUACUGUUAGAGCAUUGAAUGAUAUACAUCUGGCUGAAGACUCUGAAUUGCAACCAGUGCGUAGAGGAGAGUUUGUUAUGUUACGUGGACCAUCAGGAGGUGGCAAGACAUCAUUGUUAAACAUACUUGGAACAAUUGAUAAGGCAACUGAAGGAACAAUUGAGUUGUUCUCCAGUCCAAUUACACCAGAGUCAACGGAUGAAUACUUAUCAAGACUGAGACUUGAGAAGAUAGGCUUUGUCUUCCAGACAUUCAAUCUGUUGGCUACAAUGUCUGCAUUUGAGAAUGUCGAGUUACCAAUGAUCAUUCUUGGCAAGCUUAACAAGUCACAGAGAAAGAAGAGAGCGAUUGAGUUGUUAACAUUGGUCGGACUACAAGACAGACUGGACCAUUUGCCAUCAGAGUUAUCAGGUGGAGAACAACAAAGAGUGACUAUCGCAAGAUCAUUGGCUAAUGAACCAGAGAUACUGUUGUUGGAUGAACCAACAGGUGAUUUGGACACAAAGAACACUGUGGAAGUGAUGGACUUGCUUCUGGACCUUAAUCUAAAGCUCAAGACUACAUGUAUCAUGGUGACACAUAAUCCAGACAUUGAAUGCUAUGCUGAUCGCAUCCUAUAUCUUGCCGACGGAGUCUUUGAGAAGCAGGCCAUCAACAUCCAGCAGACAAGACUGGACUACGACAAGUACAUCGAGUAUCUCAACUCACAGACUCAUGGUGGUGGACAUUAG